GACAACGGCUGUGUAUGUGUGUCUGUUUGUGUGUGUGUGUGCGCGAGGGAGAGAGAAAGAGAGAGAGAACGAGGGCAAAGCUUCAGUUUCUGCCCUGCUGCUGCAUUUUUUUUUUCACGAGGACCAACCAACCUUUUCUUUCUCGUUUUUUGUUUUUUUUUUAAAUUAUACAAUACAAAUAUCCAACCGCCUCCCACCCCCAGUUUCAUCUUUCCGGGAAAUUUUUUUUUUUAAUCUUUUUUAAAAAAGAGGGGGCAGGAAAAAAAAAAUAUGUCGGUCUGUUUUGUAGAAACUGAUCAAGACUCGGUGGCGUUGAAAGCUUUCCAGAAGAUGUCCAGUGAUAGACAAAGGUCAGAUGAUGAAAGCCCAAGUACCAGCAGUGGUAGUUCAGACGCAGAUCAGAGGGACCCACCAGCACCUGAGCCCGAGGAACAGGAAGAAAGAAAACCUUCUGCAACACAGCAGAAGAAAAAUACCAAACUCUCCAGCAAAACUACUGCUAAACUAUCUACUAGUGCUAAAAGAAUUCAGAAGGAGCUAGCCGAAAUCACCCUGGAUCCACCUCCGAACUGCAGUGCUGGGCCUAAAGGCGAUAACAUCUACGAAUGGAGAUCUACUAUCCUAGGUCCCCCAGGUUCUGUGUACGAAGGUGGCGUAUUUUUUCUGGAUAUCACAUUUUCAUCUGAUUAUCCGUUUAAACCACCAAAGGUUACUUUCCGUACUAGAAUCUAUCACUGCAACAUCAACAGUCAGGGAGUCAUCUGUCUGGAUAUCCUGAAAGACAACUGGAGUCCUGCUUUGACUAUUUCAAAGGUUUUGCUGUCUAUUUGCUCCCUCUUGACAGACUGCAAUCCUGCUGAUCCUCUGGUGGGAAGCAUAGCCACUCAGUACCUGACCAACAGAGCAGAACAUGACAGGAUAGCCAGACAGUGGACCAAGAGAUACGCAACAUAAGCGAUGUUGACUACUCGGCGCAGUGUGAAGGUGCGGGGAUGCAGCUUUGCAGUGUGCAACCAAACUUUAUAGCCUUUACAAUACGGACUUCUGUGUAUAUGUUAUACUGAUUCUACUCUCUGCUUUUAUCCUUUUGAAGAUUGGAAUACUGCUUUCUCUCCCUCCUCCCCUUCCCCAAAAAAGGUAAAUGCUGUCAAGAGUAGAACUUUGUAGCUGUAGAUUAGUUAUGUUUAAAAUGCCUACUUGCAAGUCUUGCUUCUUUGGGAUAUCAAAAUGUAUUUUGUGAUGUAACUAAGGAUACCGUUCCUGAAGUCAACCAAAUAUAAUAGUGCAUUUUAGCCUAAUUCAUUAUCUGUAUGAAGUUAUUAAAGGUAGCUGUAGAUUACUAGGAAUUAUGUCAUUUGUAUUAAGCCCAGAUCUAUUUCCGAUAUGUGGUACAUGCUGUUGUGAAAAAUGUUUAAGACUUUUACCUUUGUCAGUUUGUAAUGAAAAGGAUUUCUUUUAUCCUUGUCCCCUCUCAUCACCACCCACCUUGUAGCUCAGAGAGCAUCCAGUGUAUCAUCUCAAACACAAUAAACAUGUUCCCCAAGGAA